AUGCGAGCCUCUCCUACUAACUCUAAUACUUUCACUUUCUUAAAAACUGGUUGGUUAUUAGAUGGAGGGAUAUGGGAGCCUCCUAAGCAAUCAAUACCUCCAUACAAGAGCAAUUUACUUCAAAAUAAAAACAUUUUUUUAAAGGUCGACCAAGAUGAUGUUCAACAAUCAUUUUUCUUGGCUGAGACACUCAAAUAUUUAUUUUUAACAUUUAGCGAUUCAAAUAAAAUAUCGUUAGAUAAAUGGGUCUUUAAUACUGAGGCACAUCCUUUUCCAAUAGAAAUUUAAAUUUUAUCAACUUUAAAAUAACAAUCAUUACUCAACUCUUUUUGAGUGGGUAGGUAGAAGUGAUGGGACGGGAUAAAUUUUCAAAAACCCGACCCAACUUUUUUUUACCCGUCCCAUCCCUGGUAUGUACGUGGAAGUCAUUUUGUAAAAAAUUUAUUCGAACUAAUAUUUUUUCCCCGAGUAUUUUUUUAAAAUUCUAUCUAAAUUUACUCAAUUUUUUGAGGUUUUGUAAUUUUUUCCUUUUCCCAUUAAAUUUUCUCUCACAAUUUGUUCAAUUUUUAAGAAUUUACUACUGUACAUUCUCUAUAUAACGACAUCCCUUCCAACACUUUUCUUAUGUUAACCAAAUUAUGUCCCGAACCGCAUUUGUUUUUUUUUUUCUCGCCCACUUUUCUUAUCAACAAAACGUUAUAGAGAGGAGUCCAUUAACCUUAAAAUGCCAUUUCAGAAGUCAUUGAUGUCUUUUAAUGUUUUUUAAAUGUUUUUUCAAACCGUAAAUGUCCUUUUACUUUCAAAUGUGUUCUUCCAUCUCAUGUAAAUCGAGUUACCCAUUAUCUCAAACUUUUUUCGAUCCUAGACGACCUGCCUUUUCUCUCAACCCAUCCCAUUCUGAUUUGGAUAUUUACGGUAUUUUCUCUAUUUUUCAAAUUUUUUAUACUCUCCUUAUCAUUUUUAAAAAACCGUCCACAAAAUUGUAGCCGUUCGUCCAUUUUGUUAUAUUUUUAAUUUUUGUUACUUAACUUUUUUUUCUUCCCCUUCUCUCCAAUACAAUAAAUUAAUUAUUUUUAAUUUAAGCACUUAAAAAUUAAAAUUAAAUUAUUUUUAAUUCUCCCUCCAAUAUAUAUUUUUUUUAAUUUGUGCCGCUAGCCAGUUUUAUUUUUUUAAACUUUCCGUCCAAAAAUAUUUGUUUCCUUUUGUUCAAAAAAUUUUUAAAAA